CCAAGAUCUGGCCAUCUCUCGGGACACCCGAGGCAGCUGUACUUAUCAGGCCCGAUAGUCAACGAUAGUCAGUCGCUCAGGGGCUUCAGUCAAGUCAAGUCGCUUCUAGUCUAAGGACAACACCCCCCUUAACACACAACCACACAUCACCAUGUCUGAGAAGAAGGAAAAGAAGACCAAGAAGAAGGCCGCAAAGGACGAGACCCCAGCUGAUACCCCAGCCCCAGAGACUCCGGCGUCCGGAGAUUCCGGCUCCCGAGGAUCCACCCGCGGCUCGUCCUCCCGCAAGGCCAAGAAGGCCCCAUCCUCGGUCUUCGUCCUCUUCUCCCAGAAGCAGAUCGCCGAAUUCAAGGAGGCCUUCCAGCUGAUGGACAAUGACAAAGACGGUGUGAUUGGCAAGAACGACCUGCGCUCGACCUUCGAUGCCCUCGGCAAGCUGGUGUCCGAUAAGGAACUGGAUGAGAUGCUCGGUGAAGCCACCGGCCCACUCAACUUCACCCAGCUGCUGACCCUGUUCGCCAACCGCAUGUCCGGUGGAGGUUCCGAUGACGACGAUGUCGUCAUCAACGCCUUCAAGGCCUUCGACAUGAACGGCAAGAUCGACGGCGAGCGAUUCCGCUACGCCCUGACCCACUGGGGACAGGAGAAGUUCACCGAGGAUGAGGUUGACGAUGCCUUCGACCAGAUGAUCAUCGACGAUAAGGGCUUCAUCGAUACCGCUGCCCUGAUCGCCCUGCUCACCGGCUCCGAAGAAGCAGAGGAAGAAUAAAAAGCUAAUCCCGACCACCAAAAAAAACCUCUAUUCUAUUUAUUUAACAUCUUUUUUAAUAACAACAACAACAAUACUUGUCAAAACAACAUCAAAACAGAGAGAACAAGCAGUGACAACACAACAACAACAACAAUACGGAGAACAUCUUCAUGUAAUCACAAUUCCAUUUGCUUACGUCAUCUGAUUCUAAAUUAUUACUUUUAUUUUCUUAUGAUAAGACAUGAAUUUUUAAGCUGUAAGGACAAUAAAGUUAUAUAUUAAAAAAAAAGCAGAAAAACUACUAUGCAAAAAAAACCGCAAUAAAAAGCCAAAAAAAUUGUAAA